AUGUGGGAGAACCUAAAGCCCCUUAGCUCCUCGGCCUUGCGGCGGCCCCAGGCCCAUGAGCACCGACAGGCGGCCGGAGGAGAGCCCGGGGGGGGGCGCCGGGAGAGCGGGGCGCAAGCCCGCGGUGAGCGGUGGAGGAGGCACAGCCGGCUCUGUACGAGGGACGAGGAGCUGGCCAAAGAUGCUUUCAAAGACGUUUCCAUAUACUUCUCCAAGGAAGAGUGGGCAGAGAUGGGAGAAUGGGAAAAAAUCCGAUACAGGAACGUGAAAAAGAACUAUGAAGCGCUGAUUACUAUAGGUCUCAGAGCCCCUCGGCCAGCUUUCAUGUGUCACCGCAGGCAGGCCAUCAAACCCCAGGUGGGUGACCCUGAGGAUUCUGAUGAAGAAUGGACUCCAAGGCAUCAAGUUAAACCUUCUUGGGUGGCCUUCAGAGUGGAACACAGUAAACACCAGAAGGGAGUGCCCCCGGUGCCACUAAGUAAUGAAUCUAGUUUUAAGAAAUUGCCGGGAGCCGCGCAACUGCAGAAGGCAAGGGGCCCCGCGCAGGCCCAGAGCCCAGCACCCCCUCCCGGAGCAACAAGCACCUCUGCACGGCACGCUAGACAAAAGCUGGAACGCAGAACAAAGCAGAUUGAAGUGAAGAUGUAUAGCCUACGAGAAAGAAAGGGCCACGUGUACCGGGAGAUCAGCGAGCCCCAGGACGACGAUUACCUCUAUUGUGAGAAGUGUCAGAACUUCUUCAUCGACAGCUGUGCUGCUCACGGGGCCCCUACCUUUGUAAAGGACAGUGCAGUGGAGAAGGGGCACCCCAACCGCUCAGCCCUCACUCUGCCCCCUGGAUUAAGUAUCAGACCGUCAGGCAUCCCCGAGGCUGGGCUUGGAGUAUGGAACGAGGCUUCCGAUCUGCCGCUGGGUCUGCACUUUGGCCCCUAUGAGGGCCAGAUCACAGAAGAUGAAGAGGCCGCCAACAGUGGAUACUCCUGGCUGAUCACCAAAGGAAGAAACUGCUACGAGUAUGUGGACGGAAAGGACAAGUCCUGGGCCAACUGGAUGAGGUAUGUGAACUGUGCCCGGGAUGACGAGGAACAGAACCUGGUGGCCUUCCAGUAUCACAGGCAGAUCUUCUACCGGACCUGCCGGGUGGUCAGGCCGGGCUGCGAGCUGCUGGUCUGGUACGGGGAGGAGUACAGCGAGGAGCUCGGCAUCAAGUGGGGCAGCAGGGCGCAGAGCGAGCUCGCGGCGGGCAGAGACCCAAAGCCCAAGAUCCAUCCGUGUGGCUCCUGCUCUCUGGCCUUCUCCAGUCAGAAAAUCCUCAGCCAACAUGUGGAACGCAAUCACCCGUCUCAGGUCCUCCCGAGAACAUCUGCCAGAGACCACGUCCAACCAGAGGAUCCCUGUCCAGGCUAUCAAAAUCGGCAGCAGCAAUACUCUGAUCCACACAGCUGGAGUGACAAACCUGAAGGUCAAGAGGUCAAGGGAAGGUCCAAACCUUUGCUGAAAAGGAUAAGGCUGAGGAGGAUUUCAAGGGCCUUUUCCUACUCUCCCAAAGGACAAAUGGGGAGUUCUAGGGUACAUGAGACAAUGAUGGAGGAAGGGCCCAGCACAGGCCAGAAAGUGAAUCCAGAGGACACAGGCAAAUUACUCAUGGGGGCAGGAGUAUCAAGAAUUGUAAAAGUCAAGUACAGAGGCUGCGGGCAAGGCUCCAAGGAUAGGUCUAGUCUCAUCAAGCAUCAGAGGACACACACAGGGGAGAAGCCCUAUGUUUGCGGGGAGUGUGGGCGAGAUUUCAGUCUUAAGUCAAAUCUCAUCAGACACCAGAGGACACACACAGGGGAGAAGCCCUAUGUUUGCGGGGAGUGUGGGCGAGAUUUCAGUCGUAAGUCAAGUCUCAUCGGACACCAGAGGACACACACAGGGGAGAAGCCCUAUGUUUGCGGGGAGUGUGGGCGAGACUUCAGUCAUAAGUCAAGUCUCAUCGGACACCAGAGGACACACACAGGGGAGAAGCCCUAUGUUUGCGGGGAGUGUGGGCGAGAUUUCAGUCUUAAGUCAAAUCUCAUCAGACACCAGAGGACACACACAGGGGAGAAGCCCUAUGUUUGCGAGGAGUGUGGGCGAGACUUCAGUCUUAAGUCAAAUCUCAUCGGACACCAGAGGACACACACAGGGGAGAAGCCCUAUGUUUGCGAGGAGUGUGGGCGAGACUUCAGUCUUAAGUCAAAUCUCAUCGGACACCAGAGGACACACACAGGGGAGAAGCCCUAUGUUUGCGGGGAGUGUGGGCGAGACUUCAGUCGUAAGUCACGUCUCAUCGGACACCAGAGGACACACACAGGGGAGAAGCCCUAUGUUUGCGGGGAGUGUGGGCGAGACUUCAGUCUUAAGUCAAGUCUCAUCAGACACCAGAGGGGACACACAGGGGAGAAGCCCUAUGUUUGCGGGGAGUGUGGGCGAGACUUCAGUCUUAAGUCAAAUCUCAUCACACCAGAGGACACACACAGGUGA